UUUGUCCUUUGUUGAGCAACAAGGAUAAAGUCCCACAUUUCCACCAGGACAAGAGAAAAAACAAUCUGUGGCAGUGUCAGCUUUCACUGUUCUCUCUUGUGAUGGUAUCAGGUGUACUUUGAACAAGCUUGUGUUUGGUUAAAACUAGCCUUGCGCAGAAUGGGUGGGGUAAUGUGAAGUCUCCUGUUGUGAUACGUGCUCAGGCAAAGAACGGGCUUGUAUGGAAUCUUUUACCUCUAACACUGGAGAGACCAUUCGCUAAAGGAUUACCCACUCUUUGGAAAUAACUGAUUUUAAUGGUCAUUAAAACUACAAUGGAGGCAACCAGUGAUACCACUAAAAUCCUGGAGAAGGGUCCUGAAUACUUUCGAAAGCAAAUGGAACUGGAGAGUGAGACAAAAGGACGCAUGAGUGCUGUGGAGAGGCUCGCCGCAAGCAAACUGAAAUAUGUCAAAAGCCAACAGGUGGUCAACUCAACUCAGGAGCCUGUGAUCAGUUUUGGAUCAGCCUCUGUGAGUAGCACUGGGUCUUCUAACCGGAGCUCGAACUGUGGUGGGAAUCUUGUCAUAGGGGGUAACUCAACAGAGGCUACAUGUGGUGCACAAAUCUGCUCACCAGGGCAGGUACGUCGGUCCAGCUCCAAAAAACGGCCAGACUCUCUUCUGCUUCACAGACAGAAAUGUGAAUUACUCAGGGGAUCGGCAAAUGACCGGAAACACUAUAUAACACGCAAGUUGCUGCACAGAAAUGUUCCGUUACCUGAGGCAGCAGAAAAGGAGUGUGAAGCUGAGGGCAACAAGAAAAAAAUCACCACACUUGAGGGAACAGCAAAGGAAUGUAGCUCACUUGAAGUUAUCUCUCAAUCAGAGAGGAGGAGGAAUGGAGUAGCAGAACAACACAACACAGAAGACAGUGAUUCUGGGACAAAGGUGAAAGCUGGUGUUGUGAACAAAUCUUCUGGUCUCCUGACGGUUCCUGAGUUUGAAAGGAGGUCUGGCAAAGGGGUCAGUCGUUCUCACUCUGACAUCAGUUCCAGGUACUCCAAAAACUUUGCAGACUUUGAUGCUUUCUUCAAGUACUGUGGGCUGGACAGUGAGGUUAUUGAGUCUUUGGGGAAGGAGAACUUCUCGGCGUGCUCGGAUGACCUUGCAAUAAACACCCGGAGUGUCAGCGUCUCUACAUCAGACGAUGGCUUUUCCAGGAACAGUGGUGACAGCGACGGGCUACUGGAAGAUGAGUUACAUGAAAAGAUACGUCAAGGGACAUCUGUUAUUGAGCGCAAUGCAAGGAUUAUCAAAUGGCUGUACAGCUGCAAAAAUGCUUCAGAGACUGGAAAAAAGUUAAGAGACCUUGAUUGAGAUAACUUUUUUUCUCUAUAGAGGCCAUAUACCUAAGACUGUAUAGAUGAUACAUUUUACUUUUACUGCAGCCGAUAAGUCAAAACACUGACUACUGUACUGUAUGUGUGUGUGUAUGUAUGUGUGUUUGUGUGUCUAUAUGCCUAUAUCAUUGGUUCCUUUGGUUUCUGUACAUACUGUGUGUGUGUGUGUGUGCCAAUUUCAGCAGACACUUCCGAGACAAAAAACGUGUUUGCAUCUGUUCAAACUUGCAUAUAGCUUAGCUGUUCUCUGUCACGUUGGGGCCACAGAAAGCCCCACCUCACCUACACUGAAACACAAAAACAGUUAUUUUGAAAAUGUAUAUUUACUCGUAGUUUUAUUUGAUCAAAUUGUGCAUUCUAAACAGAUUUAUCACACAGCUGCAAUUUAGAAUACAAUUCUGUGCAUGUGUGCACACUUGAAGACACGCACACAUUGACACACAAAUCCAGAAGAGUACAAAGAUUUAAAUUUUAGCAGCUGUGACAUUCAGCAAAAAUGAGCCACUGGCCAAACACUGAUACCCAUCAUCAACUAAAAAACUAAUUCCAAACUCUGUUAGUUCAAUUAAUAGUACUUUAAAUGUUUUGAAUUUGAAUACUUUAUACAUUUGCUUAAAUAAAUCGGUACCACUUUCUAAUAAGUCACCCUUAAUAAACAGUUCACACUCUAAGUUGUAACUAAUGGAUUUAUUAAUGGUUAAUAAAUCAUUUACUCAUGAUCUAAAGAGCAAGCUGCUAAUAAGAACACAUUUUGGGUUGCCAGGUUGUGAAAAAUUGCUUUAGCUGGUGUUUUUCCCUUCUAUUUCAUAAUAAUGCAGUCACAAAUGUUGUUAAUUCCUUAAUAAAUGCUUAACAAGUUGUAGACUGCAAGGUAUGUCGUCAUCACUCAAAGGGAUUUUUCGCAGUCUUCCAACCCAAAAAAGUCUUAUUAAUGCCUUAUAACUGAUCUAUAAAACAUUAAUAAAUACAUCUUUAUGAACAACCAUUUAUAAAAGGUGUUAUUAUUAGAAAGUGGUAGCAGUAAUUCUAGAUAAAGGCUUAGAGCUCAAGUUAUGGCAUAUGAAACAUUUCAUACUCAUACUCAUCUUCCUCACCAGGGCCUUUAGACCACCACAAGCAUGAAAAGUACCCUUAAAUCAUCAUUUACGCAACCUGCCUCUUAAAUUGAUAAUCCAACAAGUGUACUCUCCCAUUUCUCUCCAGGUGAAAGAUGUACAUUCCAUUACACACACACACACCACAGUUACUGAUAUAAAAACUGUCAGUAAGAGAGAUCUGCUUCUUCAAUGUUAUUGUGGUCGAGUGUUUCUUAUUGACAGUAAUAAAACUGAUAAAAUCAUUAAAUCUAACUGCAGUUGGACAGAAAAACUUGGAUGUGGUUAUUUUCCAGCCAAAGAAUCAGCUGGUACCUGAGUCCUGUGUGAAAGGAAUGUACUUAAUAAUCUGAUAGGCUUAAGUCCAGUGACCUGUUGUAACUGUAUCUCCACUUCCCUCCCAAUCUCUGUCUGCUUUGUCUCUUCACCACUUUCUCUCUCUUUCUGUCUUUCAAAGCUCAGAGGCUGUAACAUGAGUGGAAGAAAAAAGCAAAGGACAGACUAUUGUUAAAUCAACGUGUUAAACAGAAAUACCACCCACUCUGUUUCUCUCACACACGCAGAAACAAACAGUGUCUCUGUACAGUAUAUGGGAGUAGAUACACAUCACUCAGGUGCACCCAUGUUGUGGACACACCUUUCACUUCUCCAGAGACCUGACUGGCUAUUUCGCAUAAUGGCAAGUCACGUCCUGCCCUUUCCACUUGUUUGUUCCCAGAAUUUAAAAUGACUUCUUAAUAUUCAGUUGGUGAUUCAGUUUGAAAAAAUGGGCACUUUAACAUUUCAGUAGCAUUAUAAUAUGUGAUUCGACCUGCAGAAAUGUAUUAUACGUGCGCAAUAUGUUAUUACAGACUGAAAAUGUACACUGCUUGCAUUGCUGUAGGUCUUCUUGUAUUGGGAUUUUUAUUAUGUAAAAGUGUUACUGUGCUCUCAGACAAUUUUACCAUAUAGGCUGAAAAAUUACUGCAACGUCACUCCACCCCUUACCCAAACCAGGUUCAGUCCACCACUUAAGGCUGUUUUUUUUUUUUUUUGGUGCUGCCUGUGUAACAUUGUUUUAUACUGAAGUACUUUAAAUUUUGUAAAACUGCUACAAAUAAAGUUGUUAAUUAUUUUUCUUACAAGCAAA